CUCAAGCACGCAGGGCACCAUCAUCAUGUCUGACUCGGUGCUGGCGCGCGCGAUUGAAGCGGCCGAGCAGGGCGACCUGACGAGCCUCCGUGAGCUUCAUGCGCAGGGGCUGCUCAUGUCGUUGCAAGAUGAGCACCAGCACCAGCAGCAGGAGCAGCAGCAGCAGCAGGCGGCAUGGUCCAGCCUCGCAUCACCUGCAUCACCUGUGCAUCACGCGGCGCGCGCGGGGAGCCUCACCGCGCUGCGUUUCUUGGUCGGGGAGGCACGCAUGAGCGCCAGAAUCCGCACCGGUCCGGCACGGGCGAGCCCAGCGCACGACGCGGCUGCACGGGGUCAGCUUGCGUGUCUGCGUUACCUGCUCGAGGACGGCGCCUGCGACAGCGAGGAGCGCGAUAGUGCAGGCUGCACUGUCCUGCAUGUGGCAGCACGGUUUGGUUGUACAGCGGUUGUCAACUGGUUGCUCCAGUCUGGCAGAUGUGACCCUUGUGCUGCCACUGAAGCGCUUGCUUUGCCGAUACAUUACUCAACUGUACGUGGAGAUCCCGAUUCGAUGAAUGCCCUGCUGCAAGCAGCCCCAGACACAGUUAAUGCACGCACACGUGAAGGUGUGACACCUGUUUAUUUGGCAUGCCAAGAAGGGCAUCUUUUCCUUUUGCAACGGCUUGUGGAGAAAUGGGGAGCUGAUGUUACAAUCCAAAGUGAGGAUGGGAUGACUCCGCUUCAUGCUGCUGCACAAAAUGGCCACACUCCAUUGCUUGACUGGCUGACAGAAUUCACGGUCCUCAAUCUUAAUAAUGUGGACGGAGAUGGCGUAAGCCCACUGCACUUCGCUGCAGGAGGAGGACAUUGCUCAACAAUGGACUGGCUCCUGGCUCACGGUGCUAAGAACCAGGUGGACCUCACGGGAUGCUACCCACUUCAUGAUGCCGCAGAUAAUGGACACAUAAAGUGUUGUGAAAUUUUGCUGAUGCAUGAAGCUGAUGUAAAUGCAAAAGACUCAUGGGGAUAUACACCUGUGGAUUUAGCUGAAGAAAAUGGGCACACGGAAUGUGUGGAAUACCUGCUUUUUCAAAGGCACAACGGUCCAACAAAUCGUAAACCAGGCCGGAGAGUCACGUUUAAACUGACCGAGGGUGAUGACAUCUCAGGAAGUGAAAUGGACGACGAUGAAGCUGCCCAACUUCGAGAGCUCUGCGACUUGCCAGUGGCAGCAGAUACUGACAUGGAGUCAAACACUGACAUUCCAGAGUCUGAAAGUGAGGGAGAAAAAGACUCUGAUAUUAUCAGCAUUACAGCAGAUGAAUAUUCAUUUAUACCACCACAGGCACCGCCUCCACCAUCUCAUCCACAAAUAAAUAGAUAUGAUGGUGCCAGCCUCUAUAAAACACUGCCAUGCAAGUCAGGUGUUCAAAAAAUCAACCUCAAAGCUUCAAGUAGCUUAAAUUUUGAACUUAUAGCAGAACUGAAAGCUGGAAAAUGUCUGAAACCAACACAAAACAGCAAUGGACGUUUAAUAACGUUUGUAGAUGGGAAUGAAGAUAAAAAACACGAAAUGAAUGAUUGUUCAUCAAACGCAGAAGCUGAUGUUGGAGUCACCCCAGAUGAAGAGAAAAGUUGUUCUUCCGAAAGCAGCAGUGGCCCAGGGGCACACAAACACAAUGAAGACAUUCCUUCAAAACCACUGAAUGAUGUUUCUCCACUCUCUAACUUAAACUGUGAUUUUAAAAGUGAAAUUAGCCCUGCCAAUGUUAUUAUAAUCCCUUUGCAUUCUGACAAGAAAAAUACAAUUGAUCAAAUAAAUGUCCCUAAUUCAGAUUAGGCUUUUGAUCCAAAAUCCAAUGUUGGUGAUGAUUAAUCAAAUAUUGUUCCAAUGGAAUCUCAUUCCGAAUAUAAUCCUGAAUGUUGCAAUUCGAAAUACAUUUCUCAAGAUAGCCACAAAGCAAACAGCAAUAAAUCUUCCAUGAAAUAUUAUGGAAAUAAAAAGUAAUUUUAAGGCCAUAUGUGGGGAUUUUAAGAUACGGUACUCAGAUACUAAACUAUUUCUAACAUGAUACUGACAUGGUACAAAGUUGCAUGACACAAACAUGAGGUGAGCUACAAGAAGAAAGAUAGCCAUAGAAAAUGUGUGCUAUUUCUUUUAAAGUAAUUUCUAAGUAUAAUUGAAAUUCCAAUCAAUAGAAUGGAGCAGGUUUGUAUAAUUACAUAUAAUUAUGUAUUGUGUAAUUCUAAUAAAAGUAUUCAUCACAACUAAGAAAA